GCAGAAUGACCCUAUAAUACCAUGGACUAAUAUGAACAUCUCUGCCUAGUCUCAACUCCCGACCUACCGACAUGUUGAUUAUUGACAGCUUCUCCCUACGGGGCGUACCCCGCCCGCCGAUGGAGCCUUUCCCCUCCAGGGUCCACUGUUGACCUGUCUGCCAAGGGCCUAUAUACCGUUACAACCACGCCGAGGUGGAGAUUCUCACCUACCACAAGCGCCCGUGUUGAUUUUAUUCGGCAAGAAAUACCAGGUCUCUCCGCUAUGGCUGUUGCCUAGAGGCCCGAAAACCAUCUGCCGGUCCGGAUUGAAACGCCAUUCCUUGAUGGAGUCGCCGUGUUCCGCGGCCAUGUGUCGGAGAUCAUGAAUCCUUGUGAAGGCGCAACGUGGGGUAUACCCCGCUGUUAACAGUCGAGGGGAUAUAAAACCAGCCUGUUGACCUCCUCGAUCGGUUUUCUAACCAUCUUCUCAGGCAACUUCUUCGCCUUUGCCCCUUCAAGCAACAGUCACUCGUCUUCACUCCUUCAUAUCUUCUCUCAAAGUCAUUUAUUCUCCUUUUAUUCACUAUGAGCUUCCACGAGAGUGCGGAGGAUAUCGAGAUCAGGGAUGGCCACAUUCUCUUCGCGAGACUCAGAAACGAAGAGGGCGAGCUCCAGGACUCCGAAAUCAACCUUGAUGAUUUCCUCGGAAACAGCGAUGGACAUUUCGAAUGGGACGGCGAGAACUUCUCCGCGUCGGCUGAAGAUGUCAGAUUCGAGAUCGAAGGGGAUGACGAAGUGCCAGUUCUACGCGCACUCUUGUUCAAUGGAGAGGGAGAGCCUGUUGAAAGCAAUGUCAACCUUUCUGAGCGGGUCUUCAAUGGAAACGGGGAGUUUGUCUUCCAGUAAUGUCUGUCUGAUGAGUUAAAUAACGAUACAUGUACACUGGAGGUAGUUCAAUUGAAGAUUAUCGAGCCACCCGCUAUGGACAGGCAACCUAGUGAGAUAAUAAAGCAUGCCGUUAAGGCUUCAUGAUGUAGCCCCAACUUCUUCUAAAUUACUCCUGGUCCCUAAGGUGUAUGUCUAUCAUGCACAAGUAACC